AUGGCCAAGAACAACAAUAACAAUAACAACCAAAUUGAAAAGUUAGCUGAGGCACCUUUGGAAUUCGUCAAGGACGGAUCUACCUUCAUCUCCAAAUGCAAUAAACCAAAUCAAAAGGAAUUUCUGCAAAUCGUUAGAGCUGUUGGAAUUGGCUUCCUAGCUGUUGGUGUCAUUGGAUAUACGAUUAAACUAAUCCAUAUUCCAAUUAGGUACUUAAUUGUGUGA